AUGCCUCUGCCCCGACCCUUGUCGCUUUCCCCUUCGCCUCACUCCUACAGUCCUACUAAAACUCAAGGCGCGCACGCCGAACGCACGGCCACCGCCACUGCCCGAGUCUCCUUUCCUCCUCUCCCACCCCACGCCGCGCGCGCCCGAGCGACCCCCAUGGAGUCCCUGCUUGCGGCGCUCCCGGCCGGCGGAGGAGGCGCGGUCGCUGCCGCUGCCGCGGCCGUCGGCGGGCUGGCCGCGGCUGCGGCGCUCGCCGCCAAGGCCGGCGUCGUCGGGACGGGCCGCACCAACGCGCCCCCAGCUGUUCCUGGUUUACCUCUUAUUGGAAAUCUGCACCAGUUAAAAGAGAAGAAGCCCCAUAAGACCUUCGCAAAAUGGUCUGAUAUUUACGGGCCAAUAUACACCAUAAAGACUGGGGCUUCAUCAGUAGCUGUGCUCAACUCUUCUGAAGUAGCCAAGGAGGCUAUGGUUGUGAAAUACUCAUCCAUUUCUACUCGAAAGCUACCUAAAGCAUUGUCAGUGCUGACUCGUGAUAAAACGAUGGUUGCUACAAGUGACUACGGUGACUUCCACAAAAUGGUCAAGCGUUUAGUUAUGUCGGGCAUGUUGGGCUCUUCUGCUCAGAGACAAUUUAGGGACACAAGAGACAUGAUGAUGGACAACAUGUUAAGCACUUUCCAUACGUUGGUGACCGACGACCCAUAUUGUCCUCUGAACUUCAGAGAAGUUUUCAAGAACGAGCUGUUCCGCCUGUCCUUGAUCCAGAGUUUAGGCGAGGAUGUGGGUUCAGUUUAUGUGAAGGAGUUUGGGAGGGAGAUAUCGAAGGAUGAAAUCUACCAGAUCACCGUGGUUGACAUGAUGAUGUGUGCAAUCGAUGUUGAUUGGAGGGAUUUUUUCCCAUACCUCAGCUGGAUCCCAAACAAGGGCUUCGAAACAAGAGUUCGUACCACAGAAUCUAGACGAACUGUGGUAAUGCAAGCCUUGAUCCAUCAACAGAAAAAGAGAAUUGCGAAUGGCGAGGCCAGGGCAUCCUAUCUGGACUUCUUGCUGGCAGAGAAGGCACUGACAGAGGAACAGUUGAUGAUGCUGGUGUGGGAGGCAGUCAUCGAGGCUGCAGAUACUACUUUGGUGACUACCGAGUGGGCAAUGUACGAGCUUGCUAAAAACCCAGAAAAACAGGAUCGACUCUACCAAGAGAUCCGGGACGUAUGCGGUGAUGAGACAGUCACCGAGGAUCAUGUUCCAUGGCUGCGGUACCUCAGCGCCGUGUUCCAUGAGACGCUCAGGCUCCAUUCUCCUGUCCCAUUGGUGCCUCCAAGGUUCGUCCAUGAGACCACCAAACUAGCCGGCUACAACGUCCCAGCCGGCACUGAGAUAGUCAUCAACCUGUACGGGUGUAACAUGAACAAGAAGGACUGGGAAGAACCCGAGGAGUGGAGGCCGGAGAGGUUCAUGGACGAGAGGUUCGAGGCCGCGGACAUGUACAAGACCAUGGCGUUCGGCGCCGGGAGGAGGUCCUGCGCCGGGAGCCUGCAGGCCACGACCAUCUCGUGCGCCGCCAUGGCGCGCUUCGUGCAGGACUUCGCCUGGAGGCUCAAGGAGGGCGACGAGGACAAGGUGGACACCGUGCAGCUCACCAGCUACAAGCUCCACCCCCUGUACGUGUAUCUCUCGCCGAGAGGGAGGAAGUGA